UUUAUUAAUAAUCUAUAUAUAAACUUAGAAUGUCAGUAUUCAGUUCUCUUUUUGGUUCUGGUGCUUCUAAUGCCAAUGUUGACCAAUCGAUUGACUCUUUAUUCAAGAAGUCAACUGGUCCUGUUGAAAAGAGUAAAUUGAUUAGAGAUAGAACUGUCAUUGACCGUCCUGUUAGAAGACAACAACCAACUUCCACUGGAGAAGACGCACAAGAAGAUGAUGAAGAUGUCGAAGAAGAUGACGAAGAAGUAGUGGACGCUAACGCUGCUGCCGUUGCUGCUAAGAAGAGUAGAAAGAAGAAGGAUGCCAAUGAAGAUUUAGAAGCUAGAUAUUUCGAUAAACUUCUCAAGAGUGAAAAAUCCGAAGAAGCUAACAAGGAAGAAGUAAAGGAAACUGAAUCUGACGUUGAAGCAGGUUCUGAUCUGGGUUCUGGUUCUGAUUCCGAUUCCGAUUCUGAUUCUGAUUCUGAUUCUGACUCUGAUUCUGACUCUCCAAAAUCAAAGAAGUCCAAGAGAGCUACUCAAGUUGAUCUUAAAGAAACUGAACUUGAAAAAUCCGAAAGAACUAUCUUUGUUGGGAAUGUUGCAGCCACUGUUAUUACCUCCAAACAAGUAUACAAGAGAUUCAAGACUGUUUUCUCCAAAUUUGGUAAAAUUGAAUCCAUUAGAUUUAGAUCUAUUUCAUUUGAAGAUGCUGUUCCUAGAAAGGUUGCAUUUGCCAAGAAAUCAUUGCAUAACACCAGAGAUACUUUGAAUGCAUACGUUGUUUUCGCUGAUAAGGAACCUUCUAAGAAGGCUGCAAAGCAAUUGAAUGCAUCUGUUUUCGAACACAAUCAUUUACGUACUGAUCAUGUCGCUCAUCCAGCUCCAAAGGAUAACAAGAGAACCAUUUUCGUUGGUAACUUGGAUUUCGAAGAAAAGGAAGAAAACUUGUGGCGUUAUUUCCAAAGUAAGACUGAUAAUGAUGUUGAAUCUGUUAGAAUUAUUCGUGAUUCUAAAACUAAUUUGGGUAAAGGGUUUGCCUUGAUUCAAUUCAAAGAUACCUUGUCUGUGAAUAAGGCAAUUCUUCUUAAUGAUAAACAUAUGAUUGUAGGUGAAAAGAAGGGUCGUAAAUUACGUAUUAGUAGAGCCAAGGCUCAUGUUAAACCAUCCAUUCUUUCUCCAAAUCACAUAGAUAAUGCCAAAAAGACAUAUGCUUCCAACAGAUCAAAGCAAUUGACUGAUCAACAAAAGACUAAGCUUGGACGUGCCCAAAGUGUUUUGGGUAAGGCCGACAGAGCCACUGCUGGUAGAUCUAGACCUAUCAUGGAAGGUCAAAGAGCUGCCAAGGGUGAAAACAUUGCUGGUAUCAAGGGAUUGAAGGGUAACAAGGGUCGUGUAAAGAAGCCAAGAAUUAGAGACAGAUCUACUCAAUUUAAGAAGGCUAGAAACGAAGAAAGUGAACAAGCCAAGAAGGAACAUUCAAAGGACUCCAAGAGAGAUAACUCCAAGAGAGAUAACUUCAACAGAGGUAACAGAGAUAACUCCAACAGAGGUGGCAGAGACUUCAGAGGAUCCAAACCAUCUGGCUCCAGACCUCCAAGAGGUAAUGGUAGACCAAGAGCUUAGAUUGUAACAUAGUUAAUAUAAAGACCGGU